UUCUGAAACAAAAUGAACAUCUCAGACAUCCUCUUCAUCCUUCUCUUCCUAUUUCCUCAUUUUCAUGCUCUAGAAUUAGGCAAGUGUCCAGCCUCCAUGUGUGGCAGCACCGGCUUUCCUAUCCGAUUUCCCUUCGGGCUACAAGGCUAUCAACCCAAAAACUGCACUUAUCCAGGUUUCGACCUCACCUGCAAUACACAGGGCACGACAGUCUUGAGACUUCCAAACUCUGAAGAGUUUUUUGUUCAAGCAAUCGAUUAUGUCACACAAGAGAUUCAGCUCUAUGAUCCUGCUAGUUGUCUUCCCAGAAGGCUUCUAAACCUCAACCUGAAGGGCUCUCCUUUUGUUGCUUCUUUUUAUCACAACUACACAUUUCUCAGCUGCCCUGCUUCAUUCACAGAGUCAAAGUUCACCCCAAUUGGUUGCCUCAGUAACUCCACAACAUCAGUGUUGGCAACUCCUUCCACCAGCCUUGCGACUUCAAUGUCUGAGAAGUGCAAGAUCAUUGCUACAAUGCCGGUUCCGAUGUCUGGGAUAGUUCCGACUGAGGAUGGAUUCUCAGCCAACUUUGAUUCAGAUCUUAGUUUGACAUGGUAUGAGCCUGGUUGUACUCCUUGUGAAGCUGAAGGUGGCAUUUGUGGGUUUGAGAGCAAUACCAGCCUAGUAAUUGGUUGCUUCUACGAUUCUAAAGGCAGGUCAAACGACGGUUUUCAUGUCUUCAGAAUUAUUUGUGUCUCCAUUGCGGUACCAGCCAUCACAAUGGCAAUUGGGAUAGCUUGUUUUUCUUUCAUCAGGGACAGGAGUCUUGAUCGCAUUGCGCAGCGGAACCCAACUGCAGUUGCAGCAGAACCCCGACAAGAAUCGACAAUAGUAAUAAACGGUCUGGAUCAGACCACCAUUGAAUCCUAUCAAAAGCUAGUUCUUGGUGAAAGCCGGAGACUUCCCCGACCUAAUGACACCACUUGUGCUAUAUGCUUAUCAGAGUAUCUCACCAAAGAUACAGUAAGAUGCAUCCCAGAGUGUAAACACUGCUUCCAUGCUGAAUGUGUUGAUGAGUGGCUUCGAUUGAACAGUACAUGUCCAGUUUGCCGGAACGCCCCUUCACCAGCUCACCCUUCAGUAGCUCCCGUCGACUCGAAUGAAGCAGCUCGCGUCGACUCAAAUGGAGUCUGAUGUCUUUUAUUCUCUUAUUCUAGUGAAUCCUUCUUUACUGUAUAUAAUGGUUAAAAUUUUGCGAGUC